AUUGUCUUUGCUGUGAUUUAAUUUUUCACGGUUCAAUGUGAUACAGUUUGAUAUUCAUGCUUUCUUCAAGACUACGUAAUAUUGAAGGAAUGGAUAAGUGGGAUUUGUUUAGUUCUUGUAAAUUGUCACCUUGUUCUUGGAAAUGCGUUGAUGUCUCUUCCUAAUUGAGAUUAAGAAUUGUUGAGUUCUAGCGUGAUAAAGCUGAUUUAUUAGUUUGGCAUUUGUGUUUUUGUUAGUACUGGGAUUCGUGUGAAAUUGAGCUGCAUUAUGCUAACCUUCUAUAAAAACAUUGGGUUAAUGUGAGAAACAAUAACUAGGUUCUGUUUAGUCAUUGUAAUCCUGGACCUUCUCUUCAUAUCUUUGCAAGAAGGAUACAUCUGGUUUCAUUUGUUAAGUAAAUUAGCUGGUUUACUCUAGUGCUUUGAGUAAUUUGUGGGGUGAACUAAUGUAAUGGCCAUCAACUAACAGGAUAAAUCAAUCACCAUUCUUUUGUGGGGCUUUCUUCUGAGUGUGCUCCUUGUCAAAGUAAUGUUUUGGAAUCAUGUCAUGAAAGAGAGUCCGUUGUGGUUAUACCAACUUUCGGAGUUCAACUUGAAACACACGAUUGGAAGAAUUGUCCAUCGCUUUAUUCCAAUUGGCAAGAUUUUGAAACCGGUGCUGCUGGAAUGUGUAUCUCCAGUUACUUGUUACUGGAGCUUGUCUCUGCUUCUGCGUGGAGAAGCAGAACUAAUGUUAGUUUUUGAGGAAUUACGGCCUCCCGUGAAGAUGUUGAUCCCUAUCUGGAAGGCCUUGUGUGAUGCUUCUGGCAUUAAAGAAGGUUCAGACACCUGGAAGGAUGCCAACUAAAGAGAUGAGAUGCACCUGGAAGUCAGCAGAGUACCAUUUGCAGAAAAGCAGGCCUUAAGAGAUAAUGUUUAUCUUAUCCUCUUAACACACAAAAAAAAAAUUAUCAUUAGCCAUUCCUACUCACAAUUUACAUCAUCAAUACACCAUCAUUUCAUGAGGGCCAUUUUUCUCUCGGAAUAGAUUGGUGCUUACUUUUGAAGCCACCUUGAGAAAUUCUGUACAUGGAGAUAUCAUCAGAUUCAAUAAAGCUUAUUCUUUCA